AUGGAUAGAUUUGAAUACAUAGAAGCCAGACUAUUUGAAGGAGAAACGUAUCUCAAACGAGAUAAAAAUGUGAAAAUUUACGAUGGUGAAGAUAAGACCCAAUUUGUAGAUGGAGAAAUUGUUCUAACGACUCACAGAAUACUGUGGGGUAAACCUGGUGAUAUACCUAAGGGGCUUAUUUGUUUAUCACUCCACCUAUACUAUAUAUUCUGUGUAGAAGAAGAAAGUGGAGGUGUUUUUGGUCUUGGAGGUCCGAAACGAAUUAUAUUGCACCUUGGCCCAGCACUUCCAGGUAAAAGACCAGGACCGGCUGUAGUGAGUCCAUUUCAUUUCAUAAAAUUUUCAUUUAAAGAUGGAAUUGAUUCUGUAUUUUAUAAGGCGUUAAAUGAUGCUGUCGCUGCGAAAGCCUGGCAGAUAGAGACACCUAAUAAUUCUAAUUUAUCUUCACCUACAAAUAACACACCCAAGACCUCAACAUCGCCUAUAACUUCUAAAAUUCGUUCCGGUAUUGUCGGUAUCGAGAGAAGUAUUGAAGAACAACAUAAAGCUACUGAUCAAAGUAUCAGUGUAGCGUUCCAGGAUUUAACUAAACUCAUGGAAAAAGCUAAAGAAAUGGUCACAAUAUCUAAGACGAUUUCAUCUAAAAUUAGGGAGAAGCAAGGUGAUAUAUCCGAGGAUGACACAGUGAGAUUUAAAUCCUACUUAAUGAGCUUGGGUAUAGACGAUCCCGUAACCAGAGAUGCAUUUAGAUCAGACUCGGAAUAUUACACAGGUCUUUCUCAUCAAAUUGCAGAUAUGAUGGUGGCUGCCUUGGUGGAUUGUGGCGGCAUCAUGUCUUUAGCCGAUGUGUGGUGUAGAGUGAAUAGGGCUAGAGGUUUAGAACUCAUUUCGCCCGAAGAUUUACUGAAUGCUUGCAAAUUGUUACAAACUAUUGAUGCUCCAAUGUCCUUACGUAAAUUUCCAAGUGGCGCGUGUGUGUUACAACUAAAUAGUCACAGAGAUGAAGAAGUUGCAAAAACAACAAGUGAACUGCUCGAAGAAAAUGGCUCAUUAACUCCAGAGAAGUUAUCUCAAAUAGCGCAUGUUUCCGUCCUACUUGCAAGAGAACAACUAUUCACAACUGAACGAAUGGGCCUAGCUUGCAGAGACGAAUCUAUUGAAGGAUUGGCUUUCUACCCUAAUUUGUUUCUAAGCAAAGUGUAA